AUGUUGUGGAUGUUCGAUGGAAAGACCAUGAUCGACACCAAACGUCGGCGAUUCGUUAGGAAGUCAUCAAAGUCUGCGACUGAGACUCCGAGGAGGCCUUUCCACUCGCACGACGGGGUUGACAGGAGUGUUCGACUGCCGUACUGCAACACAACGGGACAGGCGUGUCUGCCCGCACCAAAUUGCGAUAGGGAGGUCAUGGUCAGUCCGAGACGUCCACGGAGAGAGACGCUGGAGCAGUCUCUUCGUCACGUAGAGAUAUCUGGAAGUGGAACUGGAGCGGUGGUGAUCAGAAAUCAUGCAGAACCGCCUCUACGACAAGAGCUCUCCACUGCCUUGGGCUCGGUGAACGAGACUCAGACCACAUCCAUCCCAUACCGGCCUUCUGCUCCCUUGUCGAGUGUGCAAAGUGAUCGUGACAGAGCAAUCGCUCUGCGGCACGCGCUAGACGUCAAGCUGGGCGCAGCCAACCCAUCAAUGCUGUACGCAACAUCGAAUCAGGGCCCUGAACAAAUUCGGCCUCAAUCAACGCUAGUCGAUCGAGGAAACGAGAAGUAUAUCGUGCUCGAUCAGUCCACACCAUCACGACCACAAGUUCAUGGCGAGCCAGAUCAACUACCACUGCCGGAACUAUAUUGUGCAGAGUUCUGGAAUGAUCCCAAUGGACACAUCGAUGUGCUUCUGCCGGCUCCGCCGACGAGUCUGACAGAGGCGUUCCGCUUGGAAACAGAGCAGUUGCUUAUGAUCGAGGAGUUCAAUGAAGUCCUGAGAGCUCACGGGAGGCCUCUUUACCGAGGAAGGUGGUAUGGAUGGAUUUGA